AUGCCCCCGGCGACAUUAUUACCUGCCGCUGCUGAAUUGGGAGCUACUUACCGUCCGAUCACUGCUGCAGAAUGUACAGUAGGGGAUGCCGGUUGGGGAACUACUCCCGAUAAGGUCCCCCUGCCUGAACAGUCUGAUCUACAUUUGCAAGCACGGCUGGCUGGAGGAGAUAAGGCGAAAAUUAGGGCCUAUGGCCAAGGGUUACCGAGGGAGCCGCAGAAUGUGCCACCCCCGCGGAAGUGUGUUUUGCAACAGGUGUUUCUUUGGCGAGCUGAGGAGGCUCUCCCUGAUGUCGAGAAUGAACUUCAUGUGGCAUGGGAGGAGGCUGCAGAUGCACGGGGUCUUUCGCUGGGAGAAUGGAGAGGCAGAGUUGAGUGCAAUGCGGAGAACAUGCUGUCGCCGCUCCCUCUCAUUCGACAGAGGGAAGCCAUGGGGGAUGCUGAUGGUGAAGCCUCAGACUUGAAGAUUGCCAAGGAUGAAAAAGACAAUGUGCUCGAAGGGCAACAGCGCACAGCCACCUAUCUUCGUCUGGAAGGUUUCUUAGAUCCCAGAGAGCAGCGUACCCCGGUGCUUGAAGAGACUCAGGUGCCGUCUGUUGAAGCCUCGAAGCCAGAGCCUGAGGUGACGCCUCCGCCUCCACCAUCCACGGAGCCUCCUCCGCCGUCUGCGGCUGUGCAGAUUGCGCCAGAGACUCCCGAGGAGCCGCCCGCUCAGGUGGGGCCCAGCGGGGAGCAACUGGAAGAUUCAGGUGCUCUGAAGAUGACUGACGCUGCGGCAUCUAUGGUAGUGCUGCCAAUCGUGCCUACAGACGAUGGACGGGGGCCUGAAAGCGACGGCUGCACUGUGCCGGAGGAACAGUUAAGGGGGUCGGAGGAAGAUGCGCCCUUGGAAGCAAAUGCAGUUAUAGAAACGAAAAAGAUCAUCCACAAGUGGACCAAAGUCGCCAUUCGCAUUGUGCAGUAUCGGCGGCUGUAUUACAAGUUUGCGCAUGCAUUUCAACUCGGAGCGGUUACGACCAGGACUUACUGUGUGGUGUUCCAUGAUGGGGAAGACCUCGAUUACAUCUCCCUCUUGGCAUCGCAUCGCACAGAAAUAGCGCGGCCCCAAAACGACUCGGAGUUCCCAAAGAGUAGAAUCAACUGCAAUUUCAAGCAAACCGUGGUGCUUCCCUUUGAUGUGUCUUCCCCUGUGCUUCGCAUUGCUGUUUUAUUGGUAAUGGCAAAGAAGGGACACAACGGCGAGCCGGGAGAAUUCAUGCGGCGGGUCGCUGGCAUCACCAAACCCCUAAGCGUGGAACAGUGCAGAGAGAGAAUGUCGAAGACCAGUGCGUGGCCCCUAUACGUCCCUCAACAAGUGAUAGGUGCCACAGCUACUCCCGAUCCGCAGAUCGUCGGCGUCAUUUUCUUCACCCUGUCGGGAUACACUGGAGGGGAAGGACCUAAGCUAUCAGCAGAGGUGGUGCACAGUCCGUCCUUUGAUUUUCGAGCCGGGAGGCCCCCUGCCACACCCGAGAAGGAAUCGGAACCUCCACAGAAGAUGGCCUGGUAUGAAUAUUUAAAUCCGUUUAAGGCACUGCGACCCCAGUCUGCUGCUCAGAAGAAGGCUGCAGUGUCAUUGGAAGUGCAAGACUCGCUUGCCCGUAUACCUCUACCCCCUAAACACAAGGAGGCAUAUUUACAUCUCCUCUCCCCAGCUAAGCCUGCAGCAAACGAACGGCCCCAGAUUGAGCUACACCGAACCAAAACGGAGGUGCCUGUUCACAAGAAGCAGUCCUUUGAUCAGAGCUCACUGCUACCACCUUCAGGGAAGGCAAGGCCGAAGGGAAAAGAUAUGGCCCCCUCAGCGUCGCCUUCUCCUACUGCCAAAGAAUCUCGGGCUCCGGAAGAAACCCACUUGACUGCUCUUCCAAAGGAUAACACAGGAAAAGCAACCUCCAAAGCUCCCCCCAAAGUUGCCGCAGCUUCCACAGCGGCAAGGGAUGUCGGUCCAGCUCCUGCUGCGAGCCUUGGCAUGGCAACAAAGUUUAUGGCUGCCUCGAAGGAACCCGUAAGAUCAAUAGGGGCUGCAUCAAGUGUGCAGAGCGCUGCCGGUAAAGCCCCAUCUACGUCCAGCGGUGAUCCACAGGCUGGUGCACUAGAUCAAAGGUCCAGCGCAGCACACAAGGAAGUUUCGGGUGUACUCCAUAACCAAACACCCUUAACUGCAUCCGCAAAGCCGAAGCCUGGAGGACCAAGCCUCUCCAAGAGCAGCAUUCCUUCAAAUAUCGGAGGGAGUGUUGGUGGCAAUGCCACUGCUAAAACACCAGCUGCAGAGAGUGCAGUACCAAAGGUGGGGGCCCUUCAAGGCAAUGUGCUACAAGCCAAAGGAAAAGCCAGUGUUGCCGAUGCACCUUCCAAGAAGGGAGAAAGGAUCCUUACCAAGGGACUUAUGGCGCAAAGCGCAGCAAGAAAGGAAGCGAGUGCAUCUCAAAGCAAAGCAGCACAGCCCUCCCCAAAAGAUUCCAGGAGGGGCGGCGGGAUUUAA